AUGUCAGCGGCAACUCCCCAGUCCAUCGUCGUCACUGGCGCCAACAAGGGUAUCGGCUAUGAGGCCGUCAAGCAUCUCGCCCAGAAGCUGCCAAACACUAUCAUCUACCUCACUGCUCGCUCGCAAUCCAAUGGUCAAGAUGCCCUGGACAAGAUGAAGAAGGAAGCUUCGGCUCACGACUUCUCCAACGUAAGAAUUGUGCUUUUGGAGAUUCUCGAUCCCUCGUCUAUUCAGAAAGCGGUGGCAACGGUGCAGAAAGAGAGCGGCACGCUCGAUGUGCUGCUGCACAAUAGCGGAAUCGCUCAAUUCCCAGGAGCCACGGGAUCCGCGCGAGUCUUUGAUGUCAAUGUACGUGGCGUCAAGGCCUGCAUUGAAGCAUUUGGCGAGAUCUUGACCAAGGACACGGGCAAGAUCAUCGUGGUCUCGUCGGAAGUCGGAGCUUGGGCAACGGACGCGAUGGAGCCAACACUGCGAGCCAAGGUGUUGGACAGCAGCAAGACAGAUUGGCCCCAAGUAGAGAAAUGGAUGGACGACUGGCUCCGUCACGAGCAGGGAGCGCAAGAUGUUCAGGAGCCGUGGAAGCCCGUUGACCACUUGGUCAAUUCGGGCUACGCGAUCAGCAAAGCGUUCCUCAACGCCUACCUGCGCAACUACUCGCUGCAGAGCCAGAACCCACCACUUGCAAUCGUUUGCCCUGGUUACUGUGCCACGGAACUCAAUGGCUUCGCGGGUGUUCGCCCAGCCUCACAAGGAGGUGAGAGCGUUGUCUGGCCUAUCUUCAACGACUUCAAAACAGGCCAUUUCUAUCAGGAUGGGCAGGAACUUCGUUUCUCCUACCCCAUUCCUGCAUCGCUCAGUCUCUGA